GUUAUUUACUAGUGGGAAGUGGCUGAAGGAGGAAGUGGUAGGGAGAGUGAGCAAGAACAGAGGGCUGGAGAUGAAGGAGUGGCGCGUGUAGUGUGUCCUUGCUGACAGCAUCCACCUUGGAGAACCGGCAUAGACAGAAAAUGUACCUGCUGCAGUUCUUUCCCCUCCUCUUCUGCUUCUCAGGCUUCUCUGCUGCCUGGAAGGAUAUCACUGGGCCAGAGACAGUGAGUGGCCUGGAGCGGGGCUCACUGACUGUGCAAUGUCGUUAUACCUCCAUGUGGAAGACCUACACGAAGUGGUGGUGUCGAGGAGCUGUCUGGAGUAGCUGCAGGAUCCUGAUUAAAACCAAUGGAUCAGAGAAGGAGGUGAAGGAGGAGCGUUUGUCCAUCAGGGACUACCAGAAAAAUCUCAUGUUCAGUGUAACCAUGGAGGAUCUCAGGGGAGAUGAUGCUGACGGUUACUGGUGUGGGAUUGAAAGAACUGGAUCUGACCUUGGGGUCCAAGUUAAAGUGACCAUUGACCCAGUCCCGACCACAGCCCCCACCACCUCUGUCUCCACCAUGAACACAUUUACAGCGCCAGCCACCACAGAAGAGACCAGAAGCCUCCUGACUCCAACCAAUUCCUAUCAUUCCAGUGACAGGUACAGCAUCAUAGACCUCAGGGUCCUCCUCCCGCUCAUCUUUGCAGUGUUGCUGCUUGUCUUGGUGGCGGCCUCACUCCUGGCCUGGAGGAUGAUGAAAGCUGCUGCACUGUCCUCAGAGCAGCCCGUGGAAGGUGACCUCUGCUAUGCAAACCUGUCUAUGCAUCAGCCUGGAACCUCCUGGCAAAAGCCUUCCACCAAGUCCUCCUCUGCCCAGGCCAACCAGGGGGAAGUGGAAUGUGUCAUCAUGGCUCCCUUUCCAAGAGAAGAAAUUUCUUAUGCAUCUCUGUGUUUGGACAUCUUGGAUCAGGAACCAACCUACAGCAACACUGACCACACUCCCAGCAGGGCCUAUGAGGAGUCUACAGAGUAUACCAGCAUCAGGAGGCCUUAGCCUGUGUUUGAACUCCCUCUUGGACCUUGCACAAGGCCAUGGAUCAUGUUGCUGCUUAUCUGUUUUCUGCCCUUGUCCCUCACCAGGACCAACCAGUGACUGAAGCUCUGUUUGAUCAGCCACCAUGGCCCCCAACUCUGGCCUGUGCUUGGAGACCAGUUUUGGAGGACUUCGAGGAAUUAGGGCUCUUUCCACAUUCCCCUCACUCCUCAUCUAGUUUGGGAGGAGCCUGGAGAUAUGGUCUGGGACCGCAUGUGAAUAAUAAUGAUAACGAUGAUGAUAAUAAUAAUUACCCUUUAUUUAUUGCUUACCAUGUGCAGUGAGCUGGAGAAUAGCCCCCAAAGAUGUCUGCAUCCUACCCCCAGAACCGGCAAAUGUACCAUACAUGGCAAAAGACAAAGAGGACAUGUGAUUAAGUUAAGGAUUUUGAGACGUGGAGAUUAUUCUGGAUUAUCCAGGGGGCCUAAAAUAUAAUCAUCAGGCUCCUUCUAAGGAGGCAAGAAAGUCAAAGGGGGAGAAGCCAAUGUGAUGCCAGAGGUGGAGGCUGGAGCAAUGUGGCCAGGAGCAAAGGAACCCUGCAGCCUCCAGAGGCUGGGGCAGGCAAGGGAAAGGUUGUCCCCUGGAGCCUCCAAAAAAACCACCCUUGCCAGCGCCUUGGGUUGAAUUCAGUGGAACUAACUUUGUAAUCCUGGCCUCUGGAACUACAGGAAAAUAAAUUUGUAUUGU